CUGAAAGCAAUGAGACAGAAAAGGCAGCAACAUUCGCAACCGAGUGUCAAACAGUUCUGAGCUGCUUGAGUUAGAUUAAAAAGCAUCAGCGAGAGUAAAGACUGGAGCUCGUAGUACUCGAUGCUACACUUUUGACGGAAUGCUUCGAUUAGUGAUUGUAUUUCUCCUCAUCGAUGAUAUUGGAGCAUCUGGUGAAAGGACCUCCCACAAUGAAGGGCAGCAGCUUGCAGACUUCUCACCAGAAGCUACCUAUGAGUCCCUUCAAUUCCAGUACAUGGCCAACUCUGGGUCCAUUGACCAUCUCUACUUGGAAGAACCAAUUGUUUUUGAUGAAAGUCCUCAGUUUGAAACCAUAGCUGUUGACAAAUCACAAGCUGGGAACAAAGAUGCCAUUCUUGACCAGGCCAGGGCAAAACCUGACCUUAUUCCACAAGACUCCUUCGAAAAUGCAGACAAAGAAUAUAAUGAGGUUGAGCACCCUGACACAUGCAUAUCCAAUGACUGUGCUCUUGAUGCUACACUGGACUCCAGAUUUCUGACCAAUUCAAAUUCAUCCCCUCAGGAUAACAAAGACUCAAAUCAAAAUUCUAGGUUUCCCUCAAAUACUUUUCUUGUUCCCAUUUUCAGUGAGUUGACAGAGGGAAGUGGUGAUAUGCAUAAACAGUUGCCUGAUCGUAAUGACACUGACCUUGAAUCCCAAAGAAUAAUCAGUUUGGAAAUUGAAGGAAUCACUGAAAGAUACAAAAGUUUGGUAAUCCCUCCUUCCAAAGAAAAUCAACCAGAAAACAGCUUGACUACAUUUCACACAUUAAACCCUUGGCCAGCACUGGGCUUUGCCACCCCAACAAAAUCUAACAUCGGUUUCCAAGAGCCUAAGUCUCCAGUGGAUGAGCUGUUGGUAGAUAGCAGGAGAGAGAAUUACAAUAAGACAAUUCCAGAAAGGACAUCAACCAGAACAAGAAUUGCAUCAAAUGACCAUUGGCCAAACAAACCAGUGAUGGUCCCUGAAUUAAAUAUAGAUCAGAGCUCAAAUGAUUCCCAGAUUGUCUGUAAUCCAGGAUAUAUCCAUGAAAACAAUUCCUGUUGGUCAAUCUGUGAAGUGAUUCCUGAUUACUGUUUUAAUGGAGGCAAAUGUGGAGUCAUAGAAAAUAUUGGCGUGUUCUGCAGGUGCAGUGAGAAGGAACACACUUGGUACAAAGGACAGCGCUGUCAAUCAGUACUCACAGAGAUUCAGAUCACGUGCAUAUUGAUUGGAGCAUGCUUAAUCACUCUUCUCCUAUUCCUCACACUGAUGGUAGCCUUUGUUGUAAAACUACGGUCACUAAAAAACAAACAGCAAACAUUUGACUCCAGAAGCAAACUGUGGAUUUCUUCAACACCACACAUCAACUCUUCUUUCUUGUCCGAAAUAUGUCAGCAGGGAGAUUGUUCCCCAUUGGCUAGCCAUGCCCCCAAUUCUCAAUCCACACUGCUCGGUGAGAAUCACCUGACUCAGGGAAGCUUUAAAUCACAACAGGAUGUGCAGAAAGAGGCUUUGACCAGAAGCCCUGAUGAAGAUAUGGCACUGAACAUUCAAAACACUGGGAUUUCAAAGUGUAAUGAAAAUGCUGAGACUGAUCACGAUCUUUGCGUUCUUUGGCGAACUGAACGGACAGCAGUUUGAUGGCCAUCAGCAGUGAGGAGUGUGAGUGAACAAAUUGUCAUCAAAUAAAACUCACAUCAACAACCAACAUCGAAUAUAAAGUUUUAAAAUGUAAGAACUGAUGACAAACCACAGAUUGGAAAACGCAAGCUUGGAGAGAUUUCUCUGUCAAUUUAACCCAAACUUGGGUCUUGGGUUUACUUUUUUCUGGAGAGAUUUUCAAAGUGGUAUUUCCUCCUAAGCCUAUCAAAACCAUCCACCCAUCUCUGGCUGUUAAACCUUUAUUUAAUAUUCAAAUCCAUAGUUUGAGAUAAAAUUACUGUGAAAUUAGGGAAAAGGUGGAAUUGGGCCUAACACCAUGGAUUUGUUCAAAAUGAAUCAUGUUCAAGAAAUUCACUAGAGAUUUAUGAAGAAUUAUUGAUUGGAUGAACAAAGAAUGCAGCAGGUGUCUUUAUAUGGAUUUCCUGAAAGCAAUUGAUGAAGUGUUUUAGAGAAGAAAUAGGUGUUUGUCAUAAGAAAUACUGUAGUGGGGAUAGGGAUUUUGGGAAAUGAAUUGUUAUUUAAGCUGGAGAUAGGCAGAAGGGCUAAGUCCCAGGUGUCAGUGCUGAAUCUACCUUUUUCCUUUAUAAAUCAAUGAUGGACUCUUGUAAGCAUCUGCUGACGAUGGGACUGAAGAGACUGAAAGAGACUGAUAGAUGCUGGAAAAAUGGAGACAGGUGACAGACUGAUUUAGAGAUGGCGAAGUGUUGGCUAGUUCAUUUUGUGAGCAAGUCAAAGAUUGGACAUAAAAUAGAAAUAAACUGAAAGGUGACAAUAACCAAAAGAACUGCAAGUGCAGCUUGGUAAGAUUCUUAAGAAUCACUGAAUUUCAUUUCGAGUUUUAUAUAUUGGUACAAUAAAAAUGAAAUAAGCAUGAAUUUCAACACUGUAUUAGCACACAAUGAGAGAACUAUAUGGGCUUUUGAUGCCUCAUUGGAGAAAGUAUGCAAGAUUAAAAAUAAAAAAAAUCACUACAGUAUGGAAAGCUGUAAAUGGGAUUGAGGGUCGAAGAUAGUGUGGCCAUUGUUACUGAUUCAAAGUAGGUUCUGAGGAGAUUUAAUAAAGAUUAUCUUAAAUGUUGAGGGUUGAUUGAGUAUGUAGUAACUAUUUGUCCUGGUUAAUGAGUUAGUGUUUGGGAUCAAGUGAUUGAAAUCACAUUUACGUUUUAUACCAAUAUAGGUAGGAAAGCAAGUGAGGAUGACACACAAGGUCAGUGGAGGGAUU